AUGUUAGUUUUUGUUGCUUCAAUAAUUUUGUCAAUUUUGACUGCAAUCUUCUUAUUCAUUAAUAAAAAGUAUUCGUUCUUUAAAGAACAUGAAAUUCCUUAUGUAAAGCCAUCAUUUCCACUUGGAAAUAUGCAAGGAAUUGGUUCGACAUUCCACAUGUCUGAAAUUAUUCAAAAAGUUUAUGAAGAAUGCAAGGAUAAAGGCAAGAUUGUUGGAUUUUACAAUCUUAUUCAGCCAGUCUAUCUGGUCACUGACAUAGAAAUUGUCAAAGUUGUAACUGUGAAAGAUUUUAACAAUUUUGUAAAUCGUGGAAUUUUCAAUAAUGAAGAGUAUGAACCAUUUGCUACUCACUUAUUUUCAAUCGAAGAUGAUCGCUGGCGUUUCAUUAGAAACAAAAUUAGUCCAGCAUUUACUUCAGGCAAACUAAAGUUCAUGUAUCCAACCAUUAAUGACAAGGCAAAGAAUUUCGUAAGUGCUGUUGAUAGAAAAUCUAAAAAUGGGGAUCCAAUUGCAGUUAAAGAUUUAGCUAGCCGGUUUACUGUUGAUAUAAUCAGUUCUGUUGCAUUUGGAAUGGAAGCAAAUACUUUAAAUGAAAUGGGAGAAGAUGGUCCAAGCAUGUUUUUUUUCUUUUUCGUAAUGGCAUUUCCAAAUUUUGCCAAAACUCUUCGACUUCGUCAAUUCAGUAAAAGGCUCUCUGACUUUUUCAUAAAUGUAGUUGGUGGGAAUAUCAAAUACCGUGAAGACAAUAAUGACAAUCGCAAUGACUUUUUAAAUAUGUUGAUUCAGUUAAAGAACAAAGGAUCGAUUGAUGGUGAAUUUUCAACAGAAACCAAAAAAUUGACAUUGAAUGAAGUAUUGGCUCAAUGUUUUUUAUUCUUUUUGGCGAGUUCUGAUACUUCCAGUACAACAAUUUCAUUUGCAUUGACUGAACUUGCAUAUAACGAAGAUAUGCAAGAUAAACUGCGGUCAGAAAUAAUUGAAAAUACUGAAAACACAAAUGGAGAAAUCUCUUAUGAAACUUUACAUGAAAUGACUUUUUUGAAUCAAGUUGUUAGCGAAACACUUCGAAUGUACACGCCAGGCUUUACACUCUUAAGGCAGUCUAGUGAGGACUUUAAAGUUCCAGAAACAAAAGUGACCAUGAAGAAAGGAUCAAAUGUUUGGGUCCCAACCUUAGCUUUUCAUUUUGAUGAAAGAUUCUGGAAAGAACCAAGCAAGUUUGAUCCAGAAAGAUUUACACAAGAAGAAAUUGCAAAAAGACCUUCACAAUGUUACUUCCCAUUCGGCGAAGGACCCAGAAAUUGUAUCGGAAUGAGAUUCGGACUUGUCAACGUCAAGUUUGGAAUUGCAAUGAUCUUAAAAAAUUUCAAGGUCAUGCCAGAUUCAAAAAUGGAGUAUCCAAUUAAAUUGAACCCUAAAGCUCCAGGGAUUGAUCCAUUAAAUGGUUUCUGGCUGAAUUUUCAAAAGAUUUAA